GUUCUAGCUGAAAACCAUGUCCUCCGAAACACUCUCACCUGUCUCGGCGCCUACUACCCUCUACUCACCAGAUAAACAAAUCCGUCUGACACCACCCACAUGCGCCGAAGAUGAACAAGUAUCUGUCCUGCGUUCCGACCCCAUAGUCCGACGUUACCUCCGCUUCAUGCCCCCCAUCACCGUCCCAGAAGUCACUCAACGGCGUCUCACCCGCUCACAAGACCCGCGCAUCCUCGACUACAACGUCUUCCUCGGCGAUACCACCGAGCUCAUCGGCAUGACUGGCGUCUUCAACAUCGACACCCUCCAGAAAUCGUGCGAGGCGGGGAUUGUCAUGGCUUCCAACGUGCAGGGAAAGGGAUUGUCGACCAAGGUGUUCUAUACACUUUUGAAGGAUGUAUUUGAAAUGCGGGGGUUUCACCGGGUGACGUUUGAGACGGGGGAGGACAAUGCACCUAUGAGAGGGUGGCUAGAGAAGGUGGCUGGUGCGAGAUUAGAGGGGAAGAGGAUAGAGGCUUGGGUUGAUAGCGUGAAUGGAGGCAGGACGAAUGUUUGCAGUUACGCUAUCCUGGAGUGGGAAUGGAGGGGAAAAGUCAAGGAUGCAUUAGAGAAAAAGAUGGGGAUUGUAAGUCAUUAAUAUAAAGGGCUUUAUUGAAGUACCGUGUUACAGAUAGAAAAAAUCGCUUGUCCAUGUAAUGGUCCUUAAGAAAGUCCAAUUGAAUCCGGAUGGCUCUCGUGCAUCAUAAGCCACCACGGUUCCCUGAAAUUCUCCGUACACAACUCUUCAAUAUCCAAAUGCUCAUUCAACAAAUCCGACUCUUGCUUCUUCAGAAACUCGACUGUAUCCCCAUGCGAAAGGAACCUCUUCAACCCAACCCUCAUCUCCGCUCUCGCCGAAACAAUCUUACACAAGGCCUCCUUCAAAUUCAUUUGCCUUCGGUCGCUUUUGGCUGUCAUCGCUAGAGUUUCGAGUUUAGGCCAUAGCGGUGGGUCGGAAGAGAAGGCAGCGGCGAGAUGCUUGAGGUGGAAUAGAGGUGCUUCGGGAAUG